AUGUGCUCCGAAAAUAUAUUGUUACCAAUAGUUCUCAUAACUUUAAUUAUAACUGUAUAUUAUCUUGACAAACCUAUCGAAAUGACGUAUUACGGCCUUACUGAUAAAGUUGUUUAUGUUGACAAUGUAUCGAUUCCUGAGAAAAACAAUCAUCCUGAAUGUGUCGUAGAAACGUGGAAUAACAAAACAACUUUUGAACUUCCACGUAUUGAGACGCUUAAAUUAUUAGCAAAACCUGGUGUAACGCAAACUGUGACUACGGUAAGUUUUGAAACGAACUCGGUCAAAAAUAGAUUGUUUUUUAUACUUCAGGAGGGCUUAGCCGACGGAGAGCUGCGCCUUGUAUCCGCAUUUCUAUAUGAAGACGAGAUUGUUGUAACAACUACAAGACAAAGGCCGUUUCAAACUGGGUGAGUGCGUUUCAACAGAAAAUCAGAAAAAUGCAUAUCAUUUUUGUUCGAUUAGAACUCCAGUGUAUUGCCGUUAUUUCGAUUGCAAUCGUGUCGAGAUUCCAGCCUCGAUUUACAAAUCCUUCUUUAUUCCAUUAACAUCGGUGCAUUGCUUACGAAAACCUGGCGUUAGUUAUAUGUCUUUGAGUUUGGCAGAAAAUGAAACAGCCCAAGUGCCGAUUCCAUUCACUCAUAGACUUCUCAAUGAGCCUCCAUAUGAAUUGGGUGUUUGUGGUGGGCAAAUCUAUGGGAUGGAUGAAAAGUGGAUGCAAAUCACCGAAUUUGUUGAACAUCACAAGUUGAUUGGAGCAACAAUGUUCUAUUUUUCUGUUUUUGAGAUUGAUGGAAUGACUCGAAUGAUAUUAGAUGAAUAUGAAAGAAGUGGAUAUGCUGAAGUAACAAUGAUCAAUACAGAAUAUACAAAUGCGGCAAUGAUGAGACAUAUGGUUCAGAUUCAUGAAUGUUUUUAUCGCGCGAGAAAACAUUCAAAAUGGCUAUUAAAUAUUGAUCACGACGAAUAUUUGAUACCUUUCAAACAACCUAUUCUAUCUUAUAUUGAAAGUCUAGGAAAUAACACUGCUGAGCUUGUAUUUUCUAUGCGAAGAAUUGCAAAAUUUGAAGAAUCUCUCAAAAAAUACAAUAAUAUUGAAGAGGUCUCAAAUGAUAUACAAGGGGCAAAUUAUAACUUGACACACGAUUCAAGUUUUGCAUCACCAAAAGUAAUGAUUCGACCGGAUAAAGUGAAUGUGAUGCUUGUUCAUUGGUCUUAUGGUAUGGAGCCUAGAUACAAAGUCAAUGUGGUACCCAAACAUAUUGCAACUUUGAAUCAUUAUCGGACAACUUCUCCAAAAUAUUUAUGGUCAGAUUAUAUGAUGAUAAUGAUAAAGCAGAAUGUGAAGUUUUUGCAUGUAACUUUGCAAAAGAAUUAUGUUGAGAAGUUGAGGCACAAUGUUGCGCAAGUCGUUGGUUAUGUUUUUGAGAAGCACGAUGUGACAUGCGACAAUAUUCCAUUGGUGCUACAGCGUGCCACUAAACCGUAUUUGAAAAAGUUGAAAAUUUGUGAAUAA